ACCCUUUUUCACCAAGAAUCUGAAAUGCAUAAAAAUCGAAGCACCAAACAUUUUCUCCAUAUUUAAUUGCUGUUUUUGCAGUAGCCGUCUCCUCUGAUUUUCGCAGAAUUGGUGUUUCUUUGCUUGCUCAGAGCUGUAUAGAUCGAGGGUCUGCUAUCUUAAAACUGUAAGCACUAUGAAGAAGACAAAAAACCCAAUGGUUUUCUUGGAUGUUUCCAUUGAUGGGGAUGCUGCUGAAAGAAUUAUCAUUGAGUUGUUUGCUGAUGUUGUCCCUAAGACUGCUGAAAAUUUCCGGGCUCUCUGUACGGGUGAGAAAGGCAUUGGAGCCUCAACAGGGAAACCUCUUCACUACAAGGGUUCCACAUUUCAUCGCAUAAUCAAAGGGUUUAUGGCUCAAGGCGGUGACUUUUCAAAAGGAAAUGGAACUGGUGGGGAAAGCAUUUAUGGAGGGAAAUUUUCUGAUGAAAACUUCAAGCUUGAUCAUACUGCAGCUGGUCUCCUCUCGAUGGCUAAUGGUGGUCCAAACACAAAUGGAUCUCAGUUUUUUAUAAUUUUCAAGCGACAGCCUCAUCUUGAUGGAAAACAUGUUGUUUUUGGAAAUGUUGCGAGUGGAAUGGAUGUUGUUAAGAAAAUGGAACAGCUUGGAACAGCUGAUGGGAGACCAGAUGGAAUUGUUAAGAUCAUAGAUUGCGGUGAGAUGUCUGAUGCAAAGACACAAAACUUAAUUGUAGCUGAUAAAGUAAAGAAGAAAAAAUCAGUAAACGAAGAUGCAUCUAAUGACGAUUCUGACAGCCAUGCCAAACGGAAACAGAAAGUAUCUGUGAAGGAUAAAAGGAGAAAGAGGAGCUACUCAUCUGAUAGCUCUGCCUCUGAUUCAUAUUCAUCUGGCUCUGAUUCAUAUUCAGACUCCGAAUCGGAUGCUUCUUCAGAGUCAGAUUCUUCAACUUCAUCCAGAGAUGGACGGCGUAGGAAGAAGAGGAAGGUGGCUAAGAAAGGAAAACGUAAACAUGGGAAAAAAGGGGGGGCUGGAGAAAGGAAGAAGAGAAGAGGUCAUAGUCAUAGAUCAAAGAGAAAAUCGAGAAGGUACUCGGGAAGCUCUAGUGAUACGGAGAGUAGUGGAAGUGGUUCUGCUACCAGCAGUUCUGAUGACGAAAGUCCACGAAGGGGUAGAUCACGGAAAAACAACAGGAAAAGUGAACAAGAGAAGAAGCCGAUCCGCAUUCGUGGGAAUGAGAGAAAGCCACCAAGUCCUAGCUUAGGAUCUGGAGAUGAGCAAAAAGGUGAUGACAGGAAACACACUAGGGGUGACUCCUCUCAUGAAGAGGGUGAACUUCCUCAAAAGAAUGGUAGCCGCAUGAAUAAUGGCCAAGGGAAUAUCAAGAACAAUGAAACUUCCGCCAGAGGACAUCGAGCUUAUUCAAGCAGAUCCAGGUUUUUUGAAGGGAGUAGGUCUCCAAGUCCUGGUGGAAGGCCCAGUCCUCGCAGCAGUCCAAUUAAGACUCCCACACUUGAAGAGAACAGUAAAGUUCCUAGAGAGAAAAAUCAUUCUCAGAGUCCAGUCAGGAGUCCUUCUGACAAAGGUAUUCAACCUCCUGCUUCUACUCAUGGUCGGGAUUUGUCACAGAGCCGCUCUCCAGGUGGAACUCCAAAGCGAGUAAGAAAAGGCCGAGGCUUUACUGAGAGAUAUGCAUUUGUUAGAAAAUACCGUACACCUUCUCCAGAACGUUCACCUGAUAUAUCUUAUCAUCACGGAGGAAGAAAUUUUCAAAGGAAUCAUGAAAGGUAUCCAAGCUACAGAGGCAGCAGGUAUGAACGCUCACCCCAAAGACAUCACCGUAGUCCACCUAGAAGAGGAAGAAGCCCGCCCAGAUACGAACGCAAGAGGAAUCGGAGCAGGUCUCCAUCUCGAAGCCCUGGAGCCAACCGUGGUCGUGGGAGGCGCUAUAGCAGAAGUCCCGUGCGCAGCCCAAGCCCUUUAGAUAGGCGCCCACUGAUUAGUGACAGACUGAAAUCUCGUCUCGGUCCUCAGAAGAGUGACGACUCCCCUCGAGGAAGGUCAGUGUCACGCUCCAGGAGCCGCAGCCCCCGUAGAUCAAGGUCACCUCUGAGAAAGCAUCCACGCAAAGUUUCGCCUGGAAGCUCUCCAUCGAGCCCUUCUGGUGGGCAUCAACGUGGACUAGUAUCGUAUGGAGACUUGAGUCCAGACAAUGGGGUAAGUUAGUUAUUUUGGUGCUUAUUAUUGAUAUGGAACAUGAAAUCGUGGAUCAUUCUUCUUUGUUGUAAUAUCAGUCAAUAGUUAACUAUGGUCCAUGGCUCUAUGCCUCUUCUAAAUCUUGAAUGUUUUUUUUGACUACUGAUUUGGAUAUUAACUAUGUUUAUGGGAUUUUUCAGUCGUCCA